UUUGCAGGAACACAGGGACCAAAUGAAGGAAUUGUGCGUGGUGGUUUUGCUACAAAUUUUGGGAGUGGUAUUGCGGGAACAGGGGCGCGAGGUAUCCAAGGUACAGUGGUUGGUUGCAUCUUCAAGGCGUUGGUAACCAGACUUGCAAAUUGUGAAAAAGAGCUGUAUACAGAACGAGAAUCUCUUUACUGUGAGGUAAGGCAGCUUCUGAACUAUAUCAAGGAGGCCCAUGGCGGGGUCUUCCGCCGGGUUGCAUUCAGUGGGUUGAUAGAUUCCUCCGGGAAGGGAGAACAGGCCAAGGACCAGUUUACUGACAAAAAGGAUGACAUAAACAUUUCUUCACGCUCUGGUUCUGAGAGAAGUCUUUACAAUUUUGGGAAGCUUGUGGUUGAUGGUGAUGCCAGUCCAAGAACUGAACUCAGGCAGAAAGUCUUUAGGAAAAAAUUCAAAGGUUCCAAUGCUAGUCUUGACGAAGAGGGCCAAUCCAACGCCAAUUCAAGGUCAAAGUUCAGUGUCUUCCAGUUUGGAAAAAAGACAAAUAUAGGGCUAUCCACGGAUACAGCUCAAGUGGUAACAACAUGGAAGAAGAGAACGCAUCUAAGUACAGAAGAUCAUGAUGGCUUGGAGGAGAGAAGCAGAAAGGAGGGGUCAAAGUUUGAAUUCAACAAGAACAAAAAAGAUGAACAUCCAUUUUUCCAUAAAUUUCGCAAAAACAAGAAAAAGGAUGAUGGCAAAGGAGAAGAUGGUUGUGAUACACCAAAAUCUGUAGAUGAGAACUCGGAUCCAGGGGAUACUACUGUAGAAAAAGAACGCAAGCCUGUUGACAAGACUGUGAUAACUUCUGGAAUGAAGAGGCUAGCUUUCCUAAUGGGUUGUUGCUACCCAGGAUCAGUACCCGACCCAGAAUUCCUUGCUGCCGCUCUUGAUCUGAAUGCCCCUGUAGUCGCCCGAGCUGCCUUAUUUCUAGAGUGCUGUCGCUUUGUCCAUGCAUGCAACAAAGGCGAGUGGCCAGAGUGGGUGAAGGGUGUCAAAGUGAGCCGGCCCAGGGCUCAGAGCUGUGCCUUCACUGGUCGGUCGCUCGGUGGAUCUAGGCGCACUGCUGCGAGUACAGUACAGAGAACAACAGCCAAGAUGUUUUACUUGUGGGGUGAGGCAAUUGGCUCCAGACUUGAGGAGAUUGAGCGGAAGGAGAGUGGGGCGGUGAUUGGUGUCGUCGGAAGGAUACGCAUUGAAUCGGAACAAAAGAAACUAAGGAAAGAUGACGAUGAUGAGGAUUUUCUUGAUGAAGCUACUGUGAAUCCACACGGAUCGGCCUGCCCGCAUUCCCUGAAAAUGGUAGCCUGCCAGCUACUGAUGGAGAUCUCAGCCUUUUUCCGUGAUACGUACCAGUAUCUACCUAAAGUGCGCAAGGCGAGUCGAGGUGGGUUCGGUGUUAUUAACCGCAAUAACGAGUUUCUGGAUGUGCCGCCUGUGUCUUAUGGACAACGUAAAAAUACCGGUUCAAGUGUGACACCCAGCCCCCCCGUGCACCCACCGCGCAGUUUAGUUCACCCGGUAGAUAGCUUUACAGGAAGUGACAAGAAAAUCAGUUUUGCAGUUUCUCCAUUGCCGGAUGAGAAGGAUUCACCACAUAGCAGCAACACAGAGCUCAAUAUUACUGAGGAACAGAGUCGGAAGGAGAAAGUCCGUAAGACAAGUACUACUAGCGGAGAACCAAUCUAUCAUAGGAAGAAGGGAAUAGCAUCGCCACCUCCGCUUAUAGGACUAAGUCCAAGAAUCCGCCCAGAAUCAAUCAUCUUUAAAAAAAGUCGUAAAGUGAGCGCCAUAUCAGUUGACGAUGAUUCUUGCGAGACGAGCAGCGUGUUCAGCGAUCAGAGCCCGCAGGAUCAGGAUAUGCUGGAUUACAUACCACCCCCAAACAUUGAAGGUCUUGAUGAUAUCGAUUUUAGUAAAAAUAUGCCGUGGAUCAAGGUUGUGGUUGAGAUCACUAGCAAAGCAAAUUUCAUCUGUAACCAUCGACAGUUUUGCCAUCCAAAUUGCUAUGAAAGGCAAAAGCGUAACUGCUACCGGUUGAUGAAGGCCGUCCGGAGUAUCUAUGGAGAAGAAAGUGUCCUGAAGAUGAACGACAGAGAAAACGUGGAAGAGCUUUCGAAAAGAUUUGAUCAAAAAUCAAAACGCAAGGGGUCAAACAAUCACACAAAUGUGUUACGUGGGUUCAGCGAAUCAAGAAGAGAAAGUAAGGAAUCUUUAUUGGAUCGGCAACCAAGUGUGUUUCAUGCAAGUCGUGCCAACUCCUUUAUCCAUAACCCGUUGCUGUUUCCUCUUGAGCCAGAACGUCCGCGUAGAGAAGACUCGCCCAUGAUGCAGUACCUCAAAACACAGGCGCUAUAUCUGUGGCACACCCCAUUUGCAUUGCUUGCCAAGGCAGCACCAAUACUAACUGAGGACAUAUUUCAAGAUAUUUUACCCCUAGCAUGGGAGUUGCUGUUGGACACAAACCAAGAGCUCGCUGGUGCAUCAGCUGCAAUUGUUCUUAUGUGCUCCGCCAAGAUUCCAGACGCCACAAUAAAGAUGAUAACCAAUGAGAUGGAGCAUGAAGACUCGGGACAGCGUGUAGACGCCAUUCAACGCUUUGCUGUGCUUUGGCAUUUCCGCUACCAAGUCUGGCCAAGAAUGGAAGACAAGGCAUCUUACAUAUUUCGGGUCUCACCUCCUAGCAUAGAUUUCACCUUACCAUCGCCAACUAUUGGGCUCGCCAACAUACCUGUCGUGGCCCCUCCGUGGAUGCCAGACAGCGGGUAUGAGCUUGGGGACAAAGUUUCAACUGAGGAAGUCUCGCGGUCCUUUACAUCCGUGGCAGUAUCACGGACAAACCAACGUCAAGAGCAGCUGAAGAGAACAAUGCAGCGGGAGGCUGAACGUAAACGAAAAUCCAGAGAAACUUACCAUCUGACGACAGCUUCGGUGGCGCAACAAGCAGCUUAUGAGCCGUCCCAUCACACAUCGUCUGAUGAUGAAGACGACACUAUUCCGCUGUCGGCACGCCGUGUUUCCAUAGCCCCGCCCCCCAGCGCCAAUAGCGUGAACCGUACUCGAAGCACGUCGAUAAGACGCGCAUCUCUCUGGUCAGGCGGUACUGGCACCGGCAUUAAUAUAACCUCAGCUGGUGAUGAUGAUGCAGUGUUUCCAGAGCGCUACCAUCACAAUCAGCCAACGUUUCAGCUCUUUUUCCCAUCAUGCAUCUGUAGCACACUCGUGCACCUGAUCCGGUUGCUUGAUGAUGGGGAGGUGAAUGCUGAAGGCAUAGCAGUUGGUGAGGUUGCGGGUAAGGUUCUGUGGUCCUGUUUGGUAGAGGAACCAGCAUUGAUCCUACGUUAUAUCCUGGAAAAAAUAACUAUACGAGAGAAGCAGGAAGAGAUAAUACUGCUACUGAAGAAGUUACUGAUCCAUGUUGACGAACUGCCACCCCAGACAGCCCACACAUUGUUUAAUUAUCUUCUUGGGUUUCUGAUGUACACGUGCCGUACACCCCACUCUGGUGCAAGUGAGGCCAUUGCGAAUGCACUGUCAAUCAUCUGGCGGAUUAUUCCAUAUGUUGUAGGGGUAUCUUUCAAAGAUUUGAAGCAGACUCUUAAGAAAGAGCAAUGUGAUCCAACAGUCCUGGUCAGCGCUAAUGUACCGUAUGCUAAGAAAGUGAUAAUACAUGGUCCGAUUGAAUCUGAUAUUCCCACCCAGUUGCCGGUCAAUGAGAGGCAACGACGAAGAUUCCGCAAGGUAUUCAAGUGGCGGUUGAAACCCUCGUGUGAAGCGAUGACGUCCAAUCAGGACAUGCAAUUUCAGCAAAUACUUGAAGACUGCUUUGAGUUCUACCACAUCUCACCAGACCAGCAGGCUUGCCACUUCCUUAUUGAUAAGAAGACAAACCAAAUGCUUGCCAUGCGUUCGUAUGUUCGUGACUUCUAUAUGUACAAGAGGAUGCAAAGUCCGGAGCUUAAGCUGCAGUACUUCAGCCGCCAGUCUGGCAUUCAGCAGUUACAGCGACAGGCGUUCACAAAUAAACUCGCUGAAAUUGGACGAGUGUGUUUCACAUUAUCAACUCUACAACACACAAACCCGAAUCAGAUGCCAGUUCAUAUCUCAUUCCUGCAUGGAGAGCUGAUAAGGCUGCCCUCAUUCCCUCGCAAGACACUCGAUGCAGAGUUUGAUCUCUACAGAAGCCCAGCUCUCGGAAAGGAACUGUUUGGUUUAGAUGUUAUUCACAAACUCCAGUGGGUUAAGUUGAUUUCAACAAUGUUUAACAACAUGUCAGCAGACUUCCAGUGGGGAGGUGACAUACAGCUUUUCAUUAACGUUAUCAAUGGCGCCCUCUUGUUACACUGUGAGGACAUGGCAAUCUUGCGUGUGUGUCUUGCCACCUACAUUAAUAUAGCACGGCACUUCAAACAGAUAUUUGCAACUAAAGGAUAUCAUCUUCUACUGCCCACCUUGUUUCGGGCUCAUUCUCUAUACUACACCAGUUCUGUUACACGUUGCGCCAUAGAGUACACUUGUAAGCAGUUUUAUAAACUCCACAUGAAGCCUUUCAUACUUCAGAUGUUUGGAAGUGCUGCUCCUCUGCUUGUUGUAGAGAAAGGAAAUAGUCAGACGCAAAUGAUGCCUGUACAACCAGGAAAGGUGUCAGCGCGAUGUUUGUUCAAGCUUUUGCUGUCUUUGGAAGGCCAUUGCGAGGAACCUCUGGAUGGGAUCUUGGACAUCAUGGAACUGGUGAAUGGAGAGAAACCGCUGAAGACAUUGGAUUUCAUCUACAGCGGCAAUGAGCAAUCCAAUGAGUUCUCCAUCCUAGAGGCUAUCAGGCUGUGUGUUGUCGUAGUGGCGUACUCACCAGAGACAAGUCGAAGUGCUCAGAUGCUGAGCGUCUUAGAUGCUAUUAUUCCACUGUACCUUGAACACAUUCAGUCUCAGACCGUCCCUUAUGAUAACCCAUCGGCACAAGCAGCUAGAGCGGAGUCUAAAGUAAUCAAGGAGAUGGCUGUCUGUGUGAGGGCGCUCAUCGUUGGUGCUGAAGCAAUUUCAAGGGGCACAAAUGGCCCAAGCAGGAAGACUGAUUCCCUGAAUACAGCAGCCAGUUUCAAGAGUUCUUCUCAUUCCCGUUCAACUUCCCAACGGAAACAGUCCAAGAAGUUGGUGACGAUCCCUCAGAGUGUUGGGCUGGCUGUUGAAGAAGAGUUGCGGGAAGACUUUAAAAUUAGAUAUAAUUACGAACAAGUUAACGCCCAAUACACUGAUGAAGGUACAGACGAAAUCGAGUCCAUGAACGAGUACCGCAAACCAAGGGACAUGUUGCUCAGCCUUGUGUCUGAGUUCUUCGCUCACAGUGUGCAGAGGUCAAAAGAACUGCGCUUGGCCGCACAGGGACCAGAUAUUUUUGAUCAACGUUGUCAUUUUAGAUUAGCUGAAAUUGCUUGCUGUCUGCUAAAGGUCGUGCCCCAUGACCCUGUCACCAUGGGAUGCAAAGGCCUUCAAAAAUACAUUACAAAGAUGAUCCCCAUAGUUGAUUGGUACAACGAAGACUUGCGUCCAGCGCUUACAUUGAUUUUACGACGACUCGACAAACUUUUCACCAAGAUAAAUAAAAAACCCACAUUAAUGCGGCAUAUUGACUGGGAAUCAGCAGCCAACUUCUUGAAAGGAAUUUACAUUGCAUUACAACGCAAAAGCAUCAUCGCUCAUUUGCCAAACUUGAGAUCUCUGCUUAACAUCUGUUUGGCGUUGCUGCUUUCUGAUGGAUCCUCGUCUGGAGGUGGUGACGGACAGCCUUUGAACCUGACAGGCCCACCAUCCCAUGAAGUCCGUAUGACACCACCGGCCGUUUUCUCAACUGCGGUCAUCCGAACCGUGGCGAUGCAGAUGCACUGUAUGAAGCAUCAGUAUUGGCUGAAACUCAAGGACACAUAUACCCUAGAACAGGUGUUUGGUGGUAUGCCGGUGUUCUCGUCCCAGGAAAGGACAGAAAGUAUUUUGCUCCAUCUUAUCCUACCACUUAUUCUACGAGUUGGUUGCGCCAGAAAAGACUCACCAAAGAUUCGAGAAAAAGAUGUAUCAUUUGCACUGAGCAUGAUAAUCUAUGCGUUACUCCCACCGAAUAAACAACGUAUUCCAACGUCUACGAAGCAUCAUCACACGUCAUCCUUUUCGGAAUUACCAAGUCAUUCAGGUAUAACAUACCGUGACCCAAACGCCCCUGUGUCAGAAUCGCUGUAUGAGGCUGCGUUUCUUGGUUUGAAAAUCAUGAUCGUAUGUUUUGAGAAGCAACUUGGUUCUGAUUGGUAUCGCAUUGCUAAUACGAUCAAAGAAAUGGGCUCCAAAAUGCUUGGCGGUGACGGUCUCUGGAGCUUCUUGGAUUUCGUUCUCACUGUCCGAACCCCACUGUACAUCAUGCUACAACCAUACAUUGCAUUUAAGAUGUUAAAGAUGAUUUGUGAAACAGAUGAUGAGACCAAUUUCCAGCAGUACAUUGCAAAGAAAUUAAGAUGUCACUUUGUACCACAACCAAAGUCAAAGCGAGAGACAUUGACUGAGCUGGCUCAAGAGGUUCGCUAUCUUAGGGACCAUAUGUAUGUUCCAAGAGAUCAUUCAAAGAUGUCGGAGGAGGUAUUGGAGGGUAACUGCCAGCCAAAGACGGGUAGGACACCACCAUUCUUCAGGAAGUCAUCGCUGCUGAAGGACAGACUCACAAGGAAAACUACAAUUCGUAAUACCACAAAACGCACCAAGCAGAGUACUCGACGUGUGCGCCACUCGGUGCGAGGUGGACGUGAUAACGCAAUGGAGCUUACAGAGGUCUUUCGUGAGAACCUUGAAACACCCCCAACAGAUGUGGUGGAUGCUGUUGAGGAAGCUAAGCAACAAGAGGAACCUUUUGAGACUGAGGAAAGCCCUCAGUCAUCCCCUGUCUCUACCGUAGAAACUCCUAACAAUUCUCCCGGUAAGAAAUUCCAACGCCGGAUCAAGAAAAUACCUGGUAAUAUAGCGAGCACAAGAAGGCUGCGGUCGGAUGCACUGACCAGAAGCAUGGAAACACUGCAAGAGGACUCCAUUCCAGAUGUUCAAGAAAAGGAAGAAGGCUUAGAGAGUGCUACUGAAUUCUGUUCCUUAUUAGGAGUAAAGCAGGAGUCGCUAGGCAACAAAGAUGAUGAUGUUGAGUACACAGAAGAGACCGCCUUACUCUCGGAGGUCAUCAUUAUUGAUGGUACAAGAGAAAACGGUGUUGAUAGUAACGUGAAAAUUACUUAAAAAGAUGUCCAAAGCUUUUGAUGCUGUUGGGCUUUCUUGCUUAAAAUAUAUGAUUUAAGAUAAAAAGUGUGUGUAUGACAAGAUUCUAUUAAAUUACUUUUACGCACAAUAAAUUAUUUAUAAUGCAAUGAAAAGGCCACUUGCAAUCAAAGUGUAACUAACUUAUCAGAUCAUUAAAUUUAUCUAUAUAACUAAUUUAUCUAUAAAGAGUUUAUUAAAUCUAUUAUUUAAUAGUAACGUAUUUGAUUUCAGAAAUUCUGCUUUACAGUUUAUAUCAGAUGUAAAUUUGGCUAAACAAGGUAUAGUACAUAUCACUUUUAAGUACAUUAAUUUUUAUAAAUUAUUAUUUUCGGUUUUUGCAGAAUAGUGCAAUUAAACUUUGUUAUUAUUGUAAGCUAUAAUUUUGGAUACCAACUCUUGUCGAAUAGAUUUCAGAUUGUAAAGUUUAUACAGUUAGUUAUAUAAUAAAUAAGUUUAAUAUAGUUUUUAGUUUAUAAUGCAGCUGGAUAGAGGCUGUGAUGGGAUAAAAAUCUUAAGCCGGUUUUAUACUAAGCGAAUUUAUUGGCGUGAAUCGUGAGCGUUGGUUUAUGCACAUACGCAUUCAUAUUUCUAUUAGAGUUUCUAACUUUAGCACAAUCAGUAGUUCAAACUGUUUCUACUUUUUGCAAAGCGAAAAAAUGUGCAAAAAUUAGAGCUCAGGAAGUGAACCGACGCUUUUGAUUCAGGCGAAUAAAUUUGCCUAGUGAAAAACCUACUUUAGGCACAGCAUAGAGAUAUUUUAACACCUCCAAGGGGAAAAGUUUGUUUAUAAUUGGUGCAAAAUCUCAAAGAAUCUGAACGCCAGUUAGUUUCUCAGGAUUUUACUUAGCUCAGAUUGGUUAAAAUAAAAAAGAAUGUCAUACAAGUAGAUAUAAAAAGAUACAAGUAGUUAAUAUAAAAAAGAAUAAAAAAAGAUACAAGUAGAUUGAAAAAAAAAUGUCAUGAAUAGGUUUCUAAACUGGUUAUAAAGACCCAUUAAUUUCACAUUGUAUUGUUUAGAUUUUUUUCUAUUAUUAGAAUUAUUUAUAUUUUCUUACAACACAACCAACUAUAAAAAUCUGUCUAUGCACAAGCUCUCCUUUUGAUUGACUCUGUGAUGUUGUGUGUACCUUAAGAGGUGUCACAUCCGUGAGGGAGCCUUUGUGACAGCCAUAAUGGUGAUGUACAUGCCCAUGAGAUGUGCAAUGGACAGGCCCAUGAGAGAAUUAGAGAUGCCCAUGGGAGAAUUAGGCCUACCAAUGCGAGAAUUAGACCUGCCCAUGAGAGAAUUAGACCUGCCCAUGAGAGAAUUAGACCUGCCCGUGAGAGAAUUAUACCCACCUUGACAGAAUUAGGAGGGCCGUGAGGGAAUUAGAACCACCCAUGACAGAAUCAGACAGGCCCAUGAGAGUAUUAGACAGGCCCAUGAUAGAAUUAGACCCACUCAUGAGAGAAUUAGACCUACUUGUGAGAGGAUUAGAAAGGCCCAUGGAAAAAUUAGGCCCACCAAUUAGGGAAUCAGACAGACCCAUGAGAGUAUUAGACAGGCCCAUGAUAGAAUUAGACCCACUCAUGAGAGAAUUAGACCCACUUGUGAGAGGAUUAGAAAGGCCCAUGGAAAAAUUAGGCCCACCAAUUAGGGAAUCAGACAGACCCAUGAGAGUAUUAGACCAACCAAUGAGAGAAUUACAGGCCCAUCAGAGAAUUAGACCAACCAAUGAGAGAAUUAGACCCACCCAUAAGAGAUUUAGGCAGGCCCAUGAGAGAAUUAGACCCACCCAUGAGAGAAUUAGACCUACUUAUGAGAGACCCAAUGGAGACACCUGACUUAAGCAGAAGUUUGGAUACUAUAAAUUAACCUAUACCUACCUACAGUCAUUUUUACUCAGUGGAGAUGAGUUAUUUAUAAUGUUAUGUGCAAAUUGUAGAAAUAUAUAACAGUAAUCAGAAAUUUUAAUGCAAAUCUUAGGCUGACAUUGAGCAUUUAACAGUAAGAACACAACACAAAGUAUAAAUAUUGUUAAAUUUUCAUGCUUUUUUGCAGUACCUCUAUAAAAUUACUAUAGUCUAUUUGAUUAGUUAAAUCUGAGAAACGCUUGCAAUAGCAUAUGCCUGCAUACAGGUAAUAAUGACAGCUUUUUGUAAUGUAGAACGGUCCACUGGUAGAAGUGCCACACAGUAGGUCUGUGUUGAAGUCUUAUAUCACCACUUUUAAAAAAAAUGUUUAUCUCAAUUUUUUGUGGGAUGCCAGUAUUAAGUAUUUAAGUUCAUGUCAGCGAAUACUUACGCUUUUCUAUUUUUAUGAUACUAAGAAAAUGCUUAAAGACCAAAGUAUAAGCCUGAUAUAUAUA